UAAUUUGUGUUUGUGUAUUGUUUGUAGUGGAGAGCGACUCUUGUGCCAUGUCUGAGGCUCCCGUACCAGAUGUGUCCUUAUCGGCCAUUUGGGACCCGACAGUGAGGUCCAAUGUCAAACAAACCAAAUUAACAGACCAGAAACUCAAUCACCUGAAGUCAGACCACCUGAUACCUGGAACUCCACUAGAUCUAGGUGAAAAGGAAUCCAAAAUCCCCAUUAUCCUUAUCCAGACUCCAGGGGUUAGGUCAAGGUCCAAUGGUCAGAGAAGUACAGCUCCCAGUUACGGUAGUGGAUGGGACAUAGUGAUUCCGGCUGGAUGGAGCAUGGCAUUCUGGGUAGCAUUUAAUUACAGGUGUGCACGUGCAGGUGGACUGCGGGAGUCUGAAAGUCUGGCUCAUGAACAGGGGGUGUUGCACUUCCCACAGGGCUACCCAGACACUGUUGUUGGUAGAGAGGACGAGACGAAUCUGUGCCACCAAUUAAUGGAUACGUACAACAAGAAACCUCCAGCCAAGCGUCCUAACUACACCAAGCUUGGCAUCCAGUGCCCAUUCCAGUUCCCAUGGGGAAGCCUAGUGAAGCAGUGGGCAGUGAAAGAGGAAAUGCAAGAUGAGUGGAAUCAAACUGGAGGCAACUUUUAUGUAAUGAGAGACAAAACAAUUUUAAAGAAAAUGAGUAAAGUUCUAUCGGAUGUAACCUGGCGAAAGUUGUCCAAUGAAAACAAAGACAGCUUAUUUACGACAAUGGUGUCUAUGUUGAACAAGAAUGAUGAACUUCUGACUUUGGGAAACAAACACACCAACUGUUUAGUGCCAGUGGAGGUUACCAUGGUAACUCGAGGUUGUUCUGAAAGAUUUGCAAACAUAGCCAUUCCACUGCAAGAGGAUUUGGCAAGGCUAGUAUCAAACCCGAAAUCUGGCGCACCCAUGGAAACGAUUCACAAAGAGGAAACGAGGAGAGAGAAAAAAGAGGAGAAAAAGAAGAAAAUAAAGUUACAAAAGAGUGGAGGAGCAUGUAAGACAGAAACAAUGGAUAGUGCUGGUAAAAAUAAGGUUGGAAAUGAAAACAAAAACUCUGCUGAUGGUCAGGGUGAAGCACUUGAUGUUGAUGAGAUCAGUGUAGACCUCAUUGACAGCUGUAGUCGUCCUGUGAUCGGUUACAUAAAGGAAGGAGGGUUCACCCUGGGAGUCGGUAACGGUAGGGGUCUGGGGUUUGUCUCCUUCAUCGGACUGUUAAAACUGCUGGACACAGUGCCACACAAGCUGCCUUGUACAGUGUUGGUUAGAAGCACAACCUCUUAUCAGUACAGAUAUGCUUACAUCAAUAUCCCUUAUUAAAAGAAUGAAACAUUUGUUGUGUUUUCCUCUGUACUUGUUAACCUGACCAGCUCUGAUGAUAAAGUCAUUGGACUGGUAUAUUGUCACUUAAGUCAUGGUGUAAUACAGUGUAUACUGUGAAAUCAGUAAUGUUUUGGGGCCCAAAUUUCAUUGU